AUGAGUACAAAAAAUGGUUUUAAUUAUUUAUUCCUGAAAAGAUUUGCUCAUCUUCUUCAUGUUUUCGUUCCAUUUUCUCGUCUUUCAUUAAAUGUUCAUCAUCCUGAUGAACGAAUUUAUUCACAUCCAUUGAUUAUUGUUUUACUUAUACUUAUUAACGAAGGUAUUUUACAAUAUAUUAUUUAUAUUGUUGGCUUAAUUCCAUCUGAGUACUAUGUUGAAUUAAGUAAACCAUUAGAUAAACGUGAUUUUACAGUAUUUCGUUGGCUAAUUGUUCGUUCAUUUGGUUUUGUAGCAUUAAACGCAUUUUUAAAGUCACUUUCAACUUUUUUAUCUUCAAUACUUUAUGUUAAAUGGCGUGCAAGACUUAUUCUCUAUUUACAUUCAUUCUAUUUUACGCAAAAUCGCUAUUAUCAUUUAUCGAACACAACUCAGCAAAAUCAAAACCGACCCAACGAUGAAAAUAUACCGGCAUAUGAAAAUUAUUCAAUACAAACGAUAGAAGUAAGUGAGAACGAUCAAGAAACAGUUGAUUAUAUGCCAACAUCUACCACUCAAUCAUCGUUAUCGUCAUUAAACCCACCGAUUGAUAAUCCUGAUCAACGUAUAACUCAAGAUGUCGAUUUAUUAUGUCGAACUUUAUCAAUCAUAAUACCUCUUAUUCUUAUAUCUCCAUUUACGAUUGCUUAUUACAGUUAUCUUACAUGGAAAGUCACAGGCUAUUAUGGACCAUUGUCAAUAAUACUCUACUUCGUAAUAUGGACUUGUAUAAAUAAAGUAUUUAUAUCAGCUGUAUCACGAACGAUAUUUCGACAAAAUAUAUGUGAGGGCAAUUUUCGUUUUCUUCAUGCACAAAUUCGUACACACAACGAGCCGAUUGCAUUUUAUAAUGGUGGUCCAUUUGAACACCAACGAUUUGAUAAUUAUUUUGUUAAAACACUUGUACCGUUACUUUAUCGUCGAACUAUUCAAGAAUUUUUUCUCAGUUUAUCAACAAAUCUUUUUGAUUAUAUUGGUAGCAUAUUAAGUUAUCUUUUAUUAGCAUUAGCAAUAUUUGUUUUUCAUUUCUAUGAUAAAGUAUCAUCUGAUGAAUUAGUUAAAAUAAUAAGUCAGACAUCAUUUAAAACAAUGUAUCUUAUUUAUCGUUUUAGUCAAUUAAAUGAUUUAACCGAUAAAUUAACAAUAAUUGCAGCCAAUACCCAUCGUGUUCAAGCAUUUGUUGAAUACAUGAAAACUAUUGAUAUAAUAUGGUCAGAAAGACGAUUAGAUAGACUUAUCCAACAAAAUGAAGCUCUUACCAUUAAAAAUCUUUCAUAUUCAACUCCAAACAAUAGUAGACACAUUCUUAUGAAAAAUCUCAAUUUAACAUUAGAUCAAGGACAACGUCUUUUAAUAACAGGUGAUAGCGGUAUUGGCAAAACAUCUCUUUUUCGUGUUCUUCACUCAAUAUGGCCGGUGAAUAUACAUGGAUCAUUUUCAUAUGAUACUGCUCAUGCUUUUUUACUUCCACAACGACCCUAUUUUACUAACCAAUCACUUUAUGAUGAACUUUCGUAUCCUGAUAUUAAAAAUGCACCUACAACAGCACGACAAACACAAAUCGAACAGCUUCUUAGUGAAUGGAACCUUUUGCAUAUAGUUGAGCACGUUGAAUCGAGCGUUUUUACAUGUCCAAAAUAUGCUUGGCAAGAUUUAUUAUCACCUGGUGAAUUACAACGUUUAUCGUUUAUACGAUUACUUUUCCGUCUAUCUUCUCAAGAAACAUCAAGAAUUAAUCUUGUUUUUCUUGAUGAAAUAACAUCGUCUCUUGAUGUAGAUACGGAAAUGAAAAUGUAUAAUUAUUUAGUUGAACGUAAUCUUACUUUAAUAAGUAUUGGACAUCGAGAAUCACUACGAAAAUAUCAUCAACUCGACCUUAAAUUAUUUAAAAAUGGACAAUAUUCGAUUGAACAUCUUUAA